UCAACAGUGUCAACGAAGUCAUAGAUGAACGAAGUUAAGAUACACAUAGUAUUUCUUGAUGAAAUCAAGUUAUUAUUUUGUAAAUAUGAGACAAUUUUAGCCUAAUAAUGCAUGAGAAUAUAUGUUUACAGUGUAACAAGCUCCCCUCGGGUCCAUCUAAUAGACUGGUACGGGAUUCUUGUGGUCAUGAGAAAUGUAGGUUCUGCCUCUUGGAGGACGAAAACCAUUGCAAACAAUGUUUAGACGGAACCAGCUCGAUAAGAAGCCAGUCUCUAAAUCAAACCGAAAGCCUAAAUUGUGGUACGAACGGAGAUGUAUAUAGUGAAGUGGUUCUAAAUCAUACGGGCGUCAUUCAGAUGAAUGGCAAUGUCUCUAGUGCUUCGGCUGUAAACGGCGAACUUAAAACUAUACCCAAGACUUCAAAUAAAGUUAAAAGUGCUCAAAACAAGACUCCGGGAACUAGUUUCAGUGAUAGUACAUUUAAUUCUCUUAAAGUUGAGAAUAAGAAUAUUCUGGCAAAUAAGAUUAAGAAGCCAGAUAAAACUCCAAAAAGAAGUUAUAACUCACUUAUUAUUCCCAAACAUAUUUCGAUUAUUUCGGAUCCUUUAUCAUAUCAUUGUACUUUGUGUAACAAACGUUUUACUACUAAAACUAAUAUUAAGUACCAUACUUAUUGUAAUGGAGCUACUAAACCAUAUAAAUGUGAUGUAUGCGGAAAGGAAUUCGUUUUAAGAGCUCAAUUAGAUGUCCAUUCUUACAAACACAAGUCUGCCAAGCCAUACUCCUGUACAAUAUGCAAAAAAUCUUUCAGCGUUAGAAGUAAACUCACAAGACAUUCAGCAGUGCAUUCGCAAAUUAAAAGCCAUAUCUGCUCUAUAUGUGGAAAUGCAUACAGGAGUAAGGAGUCUCUUAAAAUUCAUGCCAUCAUACAUAAAGGCGAUAGGCCUUACGAAUGUCAAACUUGCAACGCCAAGUUUAAUAAUCAGUCAAAUCUGAAUAAACACGCUGUGGUGCAUACAAAGGAAAAAACUCAUAUGUGCGAUCUUUGUGGAAAAAGAUUUAAAUUCAAGUGGGCCCUAUCAGUUCAUAAAAAAACACACACCCAAAGCAGACCCUUUGAAUGUGACGUUUGUUUUAAGAAGUUCAAUUUCAAAAAAGAUCUUCAAAGACAUAACCUUAUACAUCAGGAGGGCAAGCAAUACAAAUGCAGCGUGUGUUCGACGACGUUCCGUCGCCAAGACAACCUCCGGCGGCACAUGAAGAACACUCACCCAGGUAAGAAGGCCCACGUCAUUAAGAACAUUAUAACGACACGUUGCAACACCGAGAAAACAGCCACGGUAACAACUAAAACAACAACAAUCGAUAGUAAUCGUAAUAUUAGUCGUAGUAAAAAAGAUAGUCAAGUUCCUGUCGAUAAUCCGAACGCUAUAAAUGUCAUAACGACUGCUUCCGUUGCUUGUUCCUCUGUAACAAAAAACAAGGAAGAAACGGAAGCGGUCCAGCCUCUACCUUCUGCUGCUAAAUCUGAUUCCAGGGCGGGACCCACUGGCGGUGCGACAGCGACCACGACCAGCGUCAUCAACGGCCCGAUCAAGCUCGCAUUUAAAACGCCAGCUUUUAAGAGCUACUACAAUAUUAACAGAGAUUUCGACCAUAUUCAACCCGUUCAACUCAAGAGCAACUACAACAUGGCCGAGUCCGUAGAAAUCUGCCAAAAGAUCAUGUCGACCGAUUCUUCAAUCUCCUCCAGGAACAUCAUCCAUAAAGUCGGAUCGAAACCUCAAGAAAUCAGCCACAGCUUGGAUCCGAAUACGGGCCCCAUCCAUUACGAAACUUCUUUCCAAAACAAGCAGCACGCAAUGAUUAAGAAUAUUAAGUUUAAGGUUCCUAUAGAGUAUACCAAUCAGUUUAAGAAAAAUAAUAAAAGUGAGGAAGCGCCUAAGGACGAUACUAAACUUACUUUUACUGAGCUUAAACCUGUAGCUAUGACUAGCGUUAUUGUAAGCAGUACUACUAAUUUAAGUGACUCGGAUAAUUUAUAUUGGAGAAGAAGGACUUCGCAAAAUUUAAGUUUAAAAAAAUAAAGACUGGUGGUUUAGAAGACUGUUAAUUAAUUUUUAAUUUUUUUAUAUUCUUGGUUUCAUAAAUAUUUCCAUUUUUA